AUGUCUUGGCUCCUUCCUUUUCUGCUACUGCCUGCACUCGGUGUUUCGGCUCAGACCGCAUCCCCGUCGUAUGACUACAUUGUCGCCGGAGCUGGCCCUGCUGGUAUCAUCGUGGCCCAGAGACUUGCAGAGAGCGGAGCAAGCGUGAUACUACUCGAAAGAGGCAACGCAUCAACCUUCAGUCGGGGAGGACGUGACAUCCUACCAUGGAACAACACGGUGACACAGUACGAUGUGCCUGGCGUGCGACACUACAUCAAGACCAGCUUUGCCGACAAAAGCGAAUACUGCACAGAUACGGCUGGCAACGCAGGUUGUGUCCUGGGAGGCGGCACCAUGGUCAAUCAGCUCGCGUACAUUCCGCCUCAGAACCUCGACUUUGACGACAAGUGGCCUGCUGGCUGGAAGUGGGCUGAUGUUGCAAGUGCGGCAGAGAGAGUCCAUGCUCGCAAUCCUGGAUCAACUUGUCCUUCAGCGGAUGGCGUCCACUACGAUCAGACAUCAUACACCGCGUUCGCCAACUUCUUCGACACCCAGGGCUACAAAUCUGUCGAUGCUAUUGCUGAGCCCAAUUCCAAGCACAACGUCUACAGCCAUGCCCCAUAUAGUGUCAAAGAUGGUCUCGUCGCCGGCCCUGUCUUGACUUAUCUUCCGCUCGCCCAAGCACUGCCAAACUUCAAACUGCAGCUUCACACCAAAGUGAUCCGUGUCGUCAGACAGAGAUCCAUUGUAUCUGGCGUUGAGGUUGAGGUCGUUGGCCAGCGUCAAAUUAUCAACGUUAGCGCUAGCGGGAGGGUCAUUCUGGCAUCCGGCGUAUUCUCCACUCCCCGUAUCUUGUUCAAUAGUGGUAUCGGACCCAAUGAUCAGCUGCAGAUCGUUGCUAGCAGCGCGUCCACUAACAACGUUACUCUACCCCCAAGUUCUGAUUGGAUCAACCUCCCUGUCGGUCAAGGAAUUAAGGACCACGCAAUCGUGACUCUGAACUUCAAUACCACUGGACUCGUCGACUUUCUGGAUACGCCCUACUUUAUCAGUCCAUCAUCGAAUGUCAUAGACAUGUACAGCCACGGAACCGGCAUUCUCACGCAGGGCUACCAGCGUUUCACGAUGUGGACAUCCAACACCACGUCUGACGGCAGUGUUCGUUUCUUCCAAGGCACGUGCUACGCAAGCGGCCAAAACCAGGUGUCUAUGAAGCUCUAUCUCACUCACGGUAUCACAUCCAGUGGUGUCCUUAGUAUCACCCCUGCCGGUAACACAGUUUAUUCUGUCGAUCCCUACCUCAACACUGCCGAAGAUAAGUAUGCCCUAGCUUCCUUCAUCGACAACCUACUCGUUCAGACACGCAAGACUGGCUCGAGCUUGAUCUAUGCUGGCUCUCCUGCCGAUACCGGCGCCUCGCUGUCGAAAGUCUUCACAGGUGGUAGCCACUGGGUGUCAACCGCCAAGAUGGGUAUUGACGACGGCCGUAUCAACAACGGAACAUCUGUCGUUGAUCUCGAGCUAAAAAUAUACGGCACCGACAAUCUGUUCGUGGUCGACGCUUCCAUGCAUCCAGAUCUGCCUACAGGAAACUUGCAAGCCACCGUUCAGGUUGCCGCCGAGGCUGCUGCCGCCAGAAUACUUGCUCUGCCGAAACAAUCAUUUCUCUCGACAUCAUCUGUCCUGGGCGCGACCAAGGGUUCUUCGGUCAGUACUUCAUCCAGCGACGAUGUAAUCACGUCAUCAUCAUCUAUUGCCACUACGCUCAGCACAGUCGUACCCUCUUCAUCUGUUUCGUCAGUCGGAUCAUCGACUACUUCCUCUUCCAACACCGCGGAUCCGACAAACCCUACUUGCCCAUCUUCAAACAGUACAACCUUCGUUGCCAAAAGUGGCGCAGUCUUCUUGAUCGAGUGCUAUAUGGAUCGCGCCGGGCACGACAUGGCAUCUGUCAACGUCCCCAGCAAUCGCAUUGCAGACUGUAUCAACAAGUGCGACGCUCUCACGGGAUGCGUCGACAUUUCCAUGUCUGGAACUGCUUGCUACAUGAAGAGUGCUGUCGGCGGUAGAGUGGUGCAGAGCAAGUACGUGAGAGGCGCUCGAAAGAUCAAUGGAAGCAUCUGA